CGUUUCCCUAAUACCCAUCGAUGCACCAUGUCAAUCAUUGAUGGUUUUAAACAGCUGCUUAAGCACUCCAAAUCCUCCAAAGAUAGACCUAAGGGCGGCCAAGAAUCUUCCUCAAAAACAAACAGCCGGGCCGUCUACGAGGAAAUGGCUAUCAGAAUGGUCGCUGCUGAGGCUGAAAGUAGAGGAAAAAUCCCACUUUACCCUGGCUUGGAGGGGUUUCAGCUGUUGGAGAAGCUAGGAGAUGGAGCUUUCAGUAAUGUCUACAAAGCAAUUUGUGCAAAAACACAAGCAAAGGUUGCGAUUAAGGUUAUUCGCAAGUACGAGAUGACAGAAGCUCAGAGGGAAACCGUUUACAAAGAAGUCGCUAUUAUGAAACGUGUGAAUCAUGAAAACAUUGUCUCUUUACAAGACUUCGUUGAGACAACCGACUACUAUCAUUUAAUUAUGGAUCUCGUGGAGGGAGGCGAGCUGUUUCAUCAAAUUGUCCGACUUACUUUCUUUUCGGAGGACUUGGCUCGCCAUAUUAUUGUUCAAGUUGCUGAAGCGAUUCGGCAUUUACACGAUGAAUGCGGAAUUGUUCAUCGGGAUAUCAAGCCUGAAAAUUUGUUGUUUGACCCAAUCGACUAUGUGCCCACGGAGAACUACCAACCCCCUGCCCUUGAACCCUCAAAAGUUGACGAGGGCGUAUUCCGACCCGGGAUUGGGGGUGGAGGUAUUGGUCGCAUUCGGCUCGCUGAUUUCGGGUUUAGCAAGGUGAUUUGGAAUUCAAAAACGUCUACGCCUUGCGGAACCGUCGGUUAUGCUGCUCCCGAAAUUGUUAAAGAUGAACUGUAUUCUAAGAACGUGGAUAUGUGGGCCCUUGGCUGCGUCUUACACACAAUGCUUUGUGGCUUUCCGCCAUUUUUUGACGAAGACAUCCGAGUUCUAGCAACCAAAGUGGUAAACGGAGAGUUUACCUUUUUGUCUCCAUGGUGGGAUGACAUUUCAGAGACGGCAAAGGAUUUGGUGAGUAAUCUGUUGACCGUAGACCCGAUGGAGCGGUAUGACAUCCAUCAGUUCUUACAGCAUCCAUGGAUUAAGGGUGAAUCGAAAAUGCCCCAACAGAUGCUCGCUGUUCCGUCCGAAUACUCAAACUUCCAGAGUCUUCGUCGUCGUAGCGUCCCUUCCGUGCAGCCUAUCGUGAUUCCUAAUCCUAUCAACUCAAGCGACGAGCUUUCUCCCACCAACUCCGAACGUUCUUGUCGGUUUUCACGUUCUUUCGAAUCGCGCACUCCUGACCUGUCCACAUUGCACGAGGCUAUGGGUGUUGCUUACGACAUUCGUCGCAUGAGCCAUGCAGAGAUGUCAUCGCCCGUGCCAAGCAUUUCCGUGCAAGAGGGAGGAGACGAUACACCCCGUGUCACGACCCCGAUACCCGUUCGAAGUCUUACAGCCAAGUUUAUUGAGAAAGCCAUGCUAAAUUCUCCUCCAUCAACAUCAUUUGAACUGGAUCUGACCAGGUCACCUUUGUUUGGCCGCCGAACCAAACAUACACAGGCUGCCGCCGCUGCUGCUGUUCCACAACAAACACCCGAGACGUUAUGUUAGAUAACGAGCGUGUUUGUAUUCUUGCUUGUGUGAAUUUAUCAACCCAAGCAACGACGGAACGCUGGAAACGCAAACGGAGACACACUUGGUGAGCAGGCCUCCUCUUUUACUCCUUAAUAAUCGUGCCCGUUUGACAAUCAUGGAUUUCUUAGAAGAAACCAAUAGCUCUCUUUUGGCUUCUUUCAAUUUCCGUCGCGUCCUCGCAUUGAUUCCCUCUUGUUUUCCCUCCUUUUGUUCCCCGCUUCUCCAUGUUUGCGGCAAUAACGGCAUUGACACACACAAACAAAUACAUAUUCACGCAUGCUUUGAACCUUUUUGCAUUUUUGCUUUUGAGUUUGAGCAUAGCAACAUGUCUGUGUGGACAUGGUGUUUUGUAAUUUUCCUUAACUCCUACCAGGUUUGAUAUUUAUUCUUCUUUGGGAUGGUAAUCACUUACGUGAGCAUAUCCAAUUGUCCAUGAUGGGUUUUGCAAUACAGCAUCUUCCCCCUUAUUUCCUAAUCCAUUCGACGCAGCGGCCGGUGGCCUCAUGUCCGGCCUUUCGUUUCGAUUUCCCAUGUUGCAAUGGCUGAUGCUUGUUUUUUGGAGAAUGGUGCAGCGUCCGGAGCGCAGUAUGCAAAUUGCGCUUAGUCGACGGGAACCUUUAGAGCCCUCGGCUCGUCUGAUUCAUCCUGAGUGUGCAUGCCUCCACUGUCUACAGUCCUUGACGUCUCGCCUGCUUUCCCCUUUUUUGUUGUAUAGCCAUUUUACAGCAUGAGAGCUUGAGUUCUUUCAUCACACACAUCCAUUUCUUUUCACAGUUCAUCUUCCACCGAUGUUUUCUUCUCAUUUUCUCGAUUUCACUUACUCAUCAAACUUACUACACUCUUUUUAACUCUUUAUUUUUCACAUCAGUGGCGUGCCGAAAGCACACUGCUAUAUGAUAUAACAUUCUGCGGUGGCAUUACUUGUUUUUUUCUGUAUUUCUCCGUCAUGUAAUUUUCUUUACCUGACUGUUCGUAACAAGUGUUUCUUCAUUGUUCGGUCUUUUUUCUGUUUCUUUCUGUGUUCUAUCCUUUCGCUAUGAUUGUCAUCUGCACUGCUUUUCCCAGUCUCAAUUACCGAAUUUGUUUAAAACGUUCGCACAAUUCAUUCAAAUUAUUCCAACACUAUGGAAGGCGACAAAAGUCGGUGAGAGGCGAUCGGAAGGGCGAAGGUACAUGUAAAUUGCACGUAUGGCGUAAACGUAUAGUGCGAACUGUUGU